GCUCAUCCGGUCAUGGAGGAUGUUGAUCUGCAAACCAGCUGCAAACUUUCUUCACUCUGUCACUAAACCUGCUUCAUUAACCAGCCUCUGGUUACCACAUCCUGUGCCAACACGACUUCAUUAAUUGAUAUGUGUUGGUAAAAUGGCUGCUGAGCUGUUUCCUGCCAAAAAACUGCCCGCUGUCACAGCUGUACAACAGUACCAACAACAACAGAACGUCAGCAACAACAACGCCAUUCAGGGAUGUAACUGGCAAGGCUUGUAUCCCACAAUUAGAGAGAGAAAUGCAGUCAUGUUCAACAAUGAGCAGAUGGCCGAUAUUCACUUUGUUGUUGGGCCUCCCGGGGGAACCCAGAGAGUGCCGGGACACAAGUAUGUGUUGGCUGUGGGGAGUUCUGUAUUUCAUGCCAUGUUCUAUGGAGAGCUGGCUGAAGAUAAAGAUGAGAUCCGGAUCCCUGAUGUGGAACCAGCUUCCUUCCUGGCAAUGAUGAAGUACAUCUACUGUGAUGAGAUUGACCUGUGUGCAGACACCGUACUCGCCACUUUGUACGCCGCCAAAAAGUAUAUCGUUCCACACUUGGCUCGUGCUUGCGUCAACUUCCUGGAGACCAGCCUGAGUGCUCGCAAUGCCUGCGUCCUGCUGUCUCAAAGCUGCCUUUUUGAAGAACCCGAUCUCACUCAGCGUUGCUGGGAGGUCAUCGACGCACAGGCAGAACUCGCCCUCCGAUCGGAGGGAUUCUGCGACAUUGAUGUUCAGACCUUAGAGAGCAUCCUACGGCGCGAGACGCUCAACGCCAAGGAGAUGGUGGUGUUUGAUGCGACGUUGAGCUGGGCGGAGGCAGAGUGUAAUCGAAAAGAUCUACAGCCCACAAUCGAGAAUAAACGGCUUGUUUUGGGAAAGGCCAUCUAUUUAAUUCGGAUCCCGGCGAUGGCGCUAGAUGAUUUUGCGAAUGGCGUUGCGCAAUCUGGCGUGCUGACACUCAACGAAACCAAUGACAUUUUCUUGUGGUAUACAGCGGCGAAGAAACCCGAGCUUAAGUUCGUCUGCAAACCACGAAAAGGUUUGACGCCGCAAAAGUGUCACCGGUUCCAGUCUUGCGCGUAUCGCAGCAAUCAGUGGCGAUACCGCGGACGCUGCGACAGCAUCCAGUUCGCCGUGGAUAAACGCAUCUUUAUUGCCGGGUUUGGGUUGUACGGAUCCAGCUGUGGUUCGGCCGAGUACCAGGCCAAGAUUGAGCUGAAACGGCAAGGCCUGACGCUCGGCGUCGCCAUCAUCAAAUACUUCUCUGACGGUUCAAGUAACACAUUCCCCGUGUUCUUUGAGUACCCGGUGCAGAUAGAACCAGACACGUUCUACACAGCGAGCGUGGUUCUGGAUGGGAACGAGUUGAGUUAUUUUGGGCAGGAGGGGAUGACGGAGGUGCAGUGUGGAAAAGUGACCUUUCAGUUCCAGUGCUCGUCAGACAGUACCAACGGGACAGGUGUGCAGGGGGGGCAGAUUCCAGAACUCAUCUUUUAUGCCUGAGAGAGAAUAUGGAGAGUCCUGGUGGUAAAUGAACAGAGUAGAUUAGAAACUGACUUUCUUUUGUUCCUUAAUGAAGUGUUGCUCACAUUUUGCACAAAAUCUGCAAAAAGAGAAUAAUAAAGAUUACAGUACACUGACAAUCGAUAUAGUCUAUUUUAAAAGUGUUAGUGCACUAAUGAAAGUUCUGUCAUUUACUCGGCCUCGUGUCAUUCCAAACCUAAAAUACUGUCUUUCUUCCAAGGAACAUAAAAUAGAUGUUUUGAAGAAUGUUCAGGCUGUCAGGUGCCAUAAAAGUAAUCCAUAUGACUCUGUGACAUAUGACAUAUGCUAUAUUCCGAGUCUUCUGAAACCAUGUGAUAGAUUUGGGUGAAUAAACAGGCUUAGAAAAUUGUGAGUGAGUUGCAUAGACUAUUUUUUUUUUUUUUAGGUAUUUUUUUGUCCUUUUUGGGCAUCCUUUCAUGUUCCACAAAAUAGAGAAAGACAUACAGGUUUAGAAACGCACGAGGGUGAGUAAAUAAUGACAGAAUAUUUUUUUUGAAAACUAUUUUUAUUCACUUAUUUAGAUGGACAGAUCUGGGUCUUUAUCUUAACACUAUUCAUUUUCAAAAGUUUCUUGCUAAAUGUAAAAAUAAUCUUGGCAUAACAGAAUUUCAACAAAAUUCAAGCCAGAAGUUUUACUCUUGAAUAUUCAUAUUGUUGAUGUUUACUGCUCUGACUAAAAGCAGACAUGUUGUGUCUCUAAUAUCUUAAAAUCGAACUUGUGAAGUCACACACUCGAUCAUUAUAUUUGUAUCAUUUUUGUUGAGUUAUUGUUAUGAAAUGUAUUUUACUGAACUUUAAAGUAUUUGUAUUAUUUUUUACUUAACACAUGAAGCACAAGGUCCUUAAAGGGACAGUUCACCCAAAAAAUUCUCUCAUCAUUUACUCACCCUCAUGCCAUCCCAGAUGUAUAUGACUUUAUUUCUUCUGUAGAACACAAAGAUUUUUAGAAGAAUAUUUCAGCUCUGUAGGUCCAAGAUUUUGAAGCUUCAAAAAGCACAUAAAUGCAGCAUAAAUGUAAUCCAAACAACUCCAGUGUAUAAGUUCUAGGCUGCUGAUAAGGGGGGGACAUCUGGUCUUUUUGUCCUAGGUCCUGGCUUAAGUGGGGCCCCAGAAAGGCAAUUUCAUAUUGUAGAGCACAUCUAAAUGCGUUCAGCGUGAAAUGCAGAUAUAAACAUGGAGAUGGCAUGCAACCACGAAAAGUGUCUUGGUAGUGCACGUUGAUGGGAUAACUGUCCACCACCCCCCCAACUCCCCGUUGGACAAUGGACAGAAUGAGGGGCAUGCUGAAAAUAUUUUGUACCCCGUCUAAGAAUUCAUAACUGCUGCCCAGGUUACGUUAAUGUCUUAUAGUGAUAUAAUUAUUGUGGGUGAGAAACAGAUUCAUAUUUAAGUUCUUUUUUUACUAUAAAUAUCCACUUUCAAACAGCCCUCCUAUGCGCGUUCAUGAAAGGUCCUCCUCUUCUUUUGUUUUUUGGCGAUUUGCAUUUUUCGUGCAUAUUGCCACCUACUGGGCAGAGAGGAGAAAGGAAAUCUGGGAAGGAAAAAGCAAAGGAAAAUAAUAAAUAAAUCAUUUGCACAACAGCCCAGUAGGUGGCGAUAUGCACAAAGAAUGUGCAAAAAACAGAAGAACUCUCUUGAACGUGCAUAGCUGUGGUGUUUGAAAGUAGAUUUAAAGUAAAAAAGGACUUCAAUGUUGAUACGCUUCUCACCUACACCUAUCAUAUCACUUCUGAAGACAUGGAUUAAACCACUGAAAUCCUAUGGGUUACUUUUAUGCUGCCUUGAUGUGCUUUUUGGAGCUUCAAAGUUCAGGCCACCAUUCAUUUGCAUUGUAUGGACCUACAGAGCUGAGAUAUUCUUCUAAAAAUCUUCAUUUGUGUUCUGCAGAAGUAAGUCAUGUCUGGGAUGGCGUGAGGGUGAGUAAAUGAGAGAAUUAGCAUUUUUGCGUGAACUAUUCCAUUAAGAGUUUUGCUAAAAAUCUAUUUUUCUAUGUGUAAUAUUCACGUAAUCCUACAUAUUCUUAUUUUUAUUUUCCAAAACAAUAUUGUGCGACAACAUGUUUUGUAAACAUCAUAGUUAUGAGGGGUUUUACAAAUACUCAGAUUUAAUUAGUUGUAAUUGCCAAGCAUCACUAUAAGCUAUUGUUGCUCUUAUUAGUGUUUGGGGAUUUGAGCAUCCACACUAAGUUUAUUGUUUUCUUAAGUAUGCAGUAAUGGAAAGCAGUUUUGAAACUUUCCAUUUUUGUUUUAGAAAAAACACUUUUAAUGGGGAUGUGAUGCAGUGAAAUGAACCUUUACAAACGUAUUAGUCUGGACAUUGCCAAAGAGACUCCAGUCGAGGGUGGGCUGUGAUUUAUGAGCUUAAUACAGCUUUAUAUAGUGCAUGCCAUUGAAGAGACUGCAAGUCUGUCCCCAACAGCCUCGUUUCCAUUCACAUCUAAAAUCAAAUAUGGCGCUAAUGUGAUGUAAAAUAUAGUUAUUACAGUGGCAGUCUAAUUUAUGUUGCUAGCAAGACUAUUUUUAUAAUUAGACUACAUUCAAGCUCUUUCAUGUACAUUUUUAUACGUGGAUGUCAAAGUCAAACCUUAAAUGCACAAUUUUUCAUAUAGUAGGUGUAGUAGGUAUUCGUAACAUUAUGGCACAAUCUUGAUUCAUGCCAUUCUAGAAUGGUUGCACACUUGAAAUGCUACGUUUCCUUUUGGAAUGCCAUUAUGAGGUCAUAUCGAAUUCUCUGUUCGUUAUCUAACUGUGUUCUAAAUAUAUAAAGUGUGCCUUUUCUAGAUUGGGUUUACUGGUUUAAAUUACCCAAGCAGUUCUUACAUAUACAGUUUUGAAGUGAAGAAGUGAGACGAGCUCAAAGCACUGGUUAUAUUCACUGUAAAAGUCAUUCUUUCACAUCUGUGUUGUGAAAUAUCUGGCACAGGGAAGUCUGUUUCAUCUGUUAUGUAGGAAACAUAUGUGCCAAAAAAGUGCCAAAAUAGUUUUUUGAAUGUGUAAACCGCAUUUGUGUCGAUAUUAAUACAAAUAAAGCAAAC